UUUCUCGCUCUGUUAGUCUGAGCAAUCAAACCACCAGCUCCCCGGCGGGCCAGUCAGCCAGUACUUUCAGCCCCUCGGAUUACCAUACGCACCGGAGUCAUCUAUCGACUAGCAUGUCUCUACAUUCAGGCGAAACAGGUCAACAGAACCGAGGACGUCAUUCUGUAAAUGAAACGACAAUGCUAUCUAGCUAUAUGGAUGGGCAGUCGCUGGCAAAUCCGGCGCCAUAUGCACCGAUGCCUGAGGAUGGAUACACGGGUAUCUUGGGGCCAGCAGUGACAACUUCAGCGCCGGCGACAUUGGACACCGUGAGUACUUUUGAUGCGCUGGACACUGUUCCCGGUAUGAUGGCUCCGGGGUCAACAGUGGCAGACCCUGGUUUUGAUGCUCUGGCCUCCUGUGUCUACCCGAUUUUUGGCGGAGAGACGCACAACCGGUCUCCCUUCGCAAUGCCCGAGGAUUUCACAGCGUGGCUGUUCAAUGACCCUCCUCCCAGCUCGUCCUCGAUGGGCUACCCAUCUGCAACCAAUAUGAUCCCAAACUACCUCAAUGCGAUCCAGCUGCAGAACCAAUUUUUGCUGGGCGAUCCUGGGUACGGGAGUUUCAUGAACGGAGUAAUUCCGCACGAUCCGAUGAGCGUAACUAGUAUCCUGGACGCCGGGUCUUCACGAAUGAGCCUCUCAAAUGAAAAGAGACAGGAGCUUCUUGCGCUUAUGGGUUCACGCUUUAAUGAAGCAGCAUACUCAGCAGUGGCAAAACGGAAGGAUGCUUUGAUGGAAGGUGAUAUGAAUGACGACCGCCAUGUCCUAGGACCGCGCAUGAUGGAGGCCUAUAUCGCAUCGUACUGGCAUCAUUUCCACCCUCAAUUACCCAUCUUGCAUCGUCCGUCAUUUGUCUUGAACAAAGCCCCAAACCUGCUUUUGCUGGCCGUCAUAGCUAUUGGAGCGUCUACCCUGGACAAGAUGUAUGGGUCAGACGUGACCGAGACCGCAGCUGAGCUGGCGAACUUUAUCGCAUGGCAUUUACGUUGGGAGUUGUUCAUGGAUGCCGAUUUUCGGCCUCCAGCCAAGCUGUGGGUCUUCCAGGCACUACUCCUCCUCGAAGUGUACGAGAAGAUGUACUCCACCCGUGCACUGCAUGAGCGAGCGCAUAUACAUCAUGAUACUACCCUUACGUUAAUGCGACGUGGCAGUUCGUUGAUUGGCCGCUCCGCACUAGAUUCUCCUGCGAGCCUUAGAGACGAUCGACAAAGUCGCUCAGUAACCGGGUCGACGUUGACUCCCGAUUUCGUGGCGGAAGAGUCAUGGACUCACUGGAUCAAAGCCGAAGCUACAAGGCGGGUGGCAUUUGCAGCCUUCGUGUUAGACUCUACGCAUGCGACCAUGUUUGGACACUCAGCCAAGAUGGUGGCCCACGAGCUGCGUCUGCCUCUUCCGUGCGAUGGAGCGCUAUGGUCUGCCACCAAUGCCUCUGAAGUGGCUCGAGUGCAAUCCAGUCUACAUGCGAACGGAGUCAAACCUCUCAUGUUUUUGGAUGGUCUUAAAAGGACGCUCAAUGGCCAACCGGUUCGAACCAAUGCAUUUGGACGCACCAUUCUUAUGGCAGGCUUGCUGAGUGUCAGCUGGCACAUGAACCAGCGUGAUCUCCAGGUGAGUUCGCUGGGUGUGCUGCAGGCAUUGGGGGGUCGCGAUAAGUGGAGGUCCGCCUUACUGCGGGCUUUCGACAACUGGCGACGGGAUUUCGACGAGGCGUUGGGAACGUCGGAGCCAGGAUCGUUUACCGGUGGUUACCGAGCGCGACACCCUUGGGACGAAGCCAAUGUGUUCGAAUCGCGCGAUGUCUUGCAUGGACUUGCACAUAUGGCCUCCCAUGUCGACAUUGUGGAUUGCCAGGUUUUUGCCGGAGCUGGGCGGCUCAUGGGCCGCGCCAUCACCCGAAAGGACUACGACGGGGCGCGCGAAAAAAUGAACCGAUGGGCAACUAAGGCCACGGCCCGCGACGCCACAUUCUACGCCCUGAGGUUUCUGUCUGAGUGUCUGUUGGCCGAGGAGCGGGUGCUCGAUAAUGAUGAAGCCUACUCGGGACGGGAUGACUACCUGCUCAACCGACCAUGGGUCCUUUAUGUUGCUGCUCUCGUGGUCUGGUGCUACGGGUACGCUCUCGAAGGCCCGCUCAAUCACCCCGUCAAAUUGGUUCGACCCGCAGAGCAGCGACAUGACAUGCAGCAGUUCUUGCGACGGGUUGGCGGAGUUCGCGAACCCAGUGACCUUGAGGGGAUGAAAGGAUGCAACCAAUGUAUGGGGUUGCUGAUGGUUCUCCGCAAUGGGUUCACGAACACUCGCUGGGAGCUACUGACUGAGGCUGCCAAUUUACUCAGUAGCUGUAUCGACAAGCUGAAUGGCAGCGCAGCCGCGUAAUGUGGCCGACUUACUGGAUUCUGGCAGUGCAUAUCACUGCAAGUCCCAUUUAGUCGGCAGGCUUUUACUUAAUCUUCUUGUAUAUCUAAUUCGCUUAUCGCAAGCUUUGCCAGAGAUGAAAGUUGAAGCCAGCUACUUUCUUUGUGGUAGUCAAGUUAGGCUUCGAAGAGCGUUUGUGAUUAUGAUGUGACCAGGAAUAUUUCAUGCGAGAGAUACCAUGGCAAGGAGGUUUUUAUGAGCUAUUCAGUUCU